AUGUGGCUUACCCAAGAAUUGGCUGUAAAAAAUGUUUUCGCUCACUACCACAGGGGUUGCCGUUAGUUUUGCUUUUUUUAUGUUUCGUUCAUGUGUGGCAACGAUCGCUGAAUACAUGCCCUUAUUCAUGGCACAAUUAGGAUACAGCACAACUUAUGUCGGUUUGGUCCCUGUGCUUGGUUUCGUCACUCAAGUGAUAGGAAUACCGAUCGCAGGAUAUUUGUCUGACAAAUUUCGCAUGAGGAAGCACCUGCUGCUUAUAUGUAUCCUUUUGUCGAUUCCCAGCACCUUGCUGUUUCUGGCACCGAAAGCGCCUGAUUUAACCUGCGAAGAAUCAUCAUCGGGAAAUAUCACAGAAUCAUUCGGAAACUCCAGUAUUGUUCAUAAUUCUGUAAUGAACGCAUCAUCUGCUGAAAAAAAUGUCGAAAAUCCUUUGGGGAAUAGCGAGACGAAAUACGACGGCGAUAUGAAUACGAGUAUCUUGAAAAACGGGUGGUGGAUUAUGAAGAAGUCAAGUCGGUCUUGUCAAAACCUCAUUAUAUUCUUGUCCUGUUCAUUUGCGCGCAUGCAGGUUUCUGUACUGCGUUUCAAUUGCGUUGGGAAUUUUGGUACAUGCGGCACUUGGGCGGCACGCCGGUUGUAAUGGCAGUUGGUGGUUUACUCAGACGGCUUCUAGUUGGUGUUUGGUACAUCAUAUCCCGUGUUAUCAUUGGAAAACUUGGCGAAUUGUAUGUCAUAGCAAUUUCACUGUUUCUAUUUGCCGCCUCGUUUGCUGGUCUAGCGUUUACUGAAAAUGCUUGGCUGGUGAUAUUCCUCGAUAGUUUUCAGUCUGUUUCGUUUGUCCUAAC